AUGUUCGACUUUACUUGCGUGACUUCUGCCUGCAACCCGCCGCCUCCGGGCCCUUUGACCGUGAAGAUCGAUCCAGCUGAGUUGGCGAAGCGCGCUGCAGUGGAUGUUGCUGAGUUCAAGCUCAAGGAGCAUGAGGAGUCUGAGCGCAAAGCUGCAGCAGCAAAAGCCGAAGCUGACAGGCGAGCGGCAGAGACAAAGAAACAGCAAGAGGAGGCGGAGCGAAGGCGAUCAGAGGCCGAUGCACGGAAAGCCACCGAGGAGGCGGAAAAGCUGCGAAGGGAAGCAGAUGCAAAGAAGGCUACCGAGGAGCCCAGAUUUCGGAUCUUCCAUUCGGGCCAGCUGCGCGCGAAUCCUGAGCUCCCAUUGGCGAAGAUCGUCGCCUGUUGUGGAGAGAGGCUUCGUGCGUCUGUGAGCGCAAUGGCCGUUCCCGAAGGCUAUGUGCCCGUCGUCGCCUUUCGCUUUUGUCCGCCCUCAGGGGUCUACUUCCAGCUUGGCAUGUACCUCCUUGACAUGGUGAACGACAUGGUUCAGAUAUGCACGUUUCUGCUCCACAGAGACUGGUGGUUUGCAGGAUUUAUGAUCUUCUUUGUGCUUCUAUCUCUGCUGCUCACGGUCGGAGGCGUGUCCCAUCAGAGCACGCUGAAGCGCUUCGAUCCUCUGGGCGAAGCCCGUCUCUGCUUGGCUCGGGGUGUGACGACGAAAGCUUGGGAGAGCAUGCUUUCUUGUGAACGAAACGUGGAAGCGCCCGGCACCGGGCUCAUCGGGCCCUACGGCGCGGCACUGCUCCAACUCACGCCGCUACAGGCAGCAAGCUGCCUCUAUGGGUUGGUGAGUUCGGCAAAGGCCAUGGCCGAGGGCAGGUUGCAAAUGGAGGAUCCACGGUGCAAGGACGGACCUAAGAAGCUGUUACCUGUCGAUGCCCGGAGCACGUGUCACGUGGUGGCCGGCUCGGACGGUGCAAAACUACCUGCGUUGAAAGCUGUUCGACCGGCGACGUUCACGGCACUCUUUGCCUGGUAUUUGGGUGCAUUUGCGGCGGAGCUGGCUGCCUUCGCCGUGGCGAGUGCUACCUUGCAUCCUCUAGUGAUUGUGCCCGGAUAUAUGCUGGGUGCGGUGGCGAACAGUGCGGCGGCCUGGUGGAGUGGAUCGCAGGACUUUUUGAAGGCAGCAGUUUGGUCUUGCGCCACUGUCAUCACUGUCAGUGUUGCGAUGGUAGGCCGCCAGACAACGAGCAUUCUACCGAUGAGAAGCGCAUCAAUUGGAAAUGGCCCUGGGUUCUUUGCAGCGAUUUCAAUUCCGGUUCGCUUCAUCACCUGGACGGCGCUCUGCUUCCGCGAUCUUCCGCAGGGCCUUGCUCCCUUCGGCUCGCUGGGGCGGCCCAUGGGCCUCCCUGUGCUCCGCCAGAAAUUUCUGGAGCCGGCCACUGCUUUGCAGGAAGCCUUGGCAUGUUUCACGUCGCAGUUCUGGAUGUCCGUCGAAGCGCAGGCCAACGCGACCUCUGAAGAGGUAGUGUUUGGCGACUGCGCCUGGCCAACAACCGGCGAGCUGAGCAGUGCAUCCACCAUUUUGAACACAUGCUUGUUGUUGUUGGCCGUGGUUCUUGUUCCACUGCACAUGUGCAUCGUGGUUGGAAUGUUACUCUUCAAUCCCACCUACGCUUGCGCUGCUGACAACCUCCCGCUCAAGGAGGAGGUCGAGGCCAAGCAGCGUGAAAUCAAUGAUUUCGCCACGCAGAACGAGCAAGCCGCUGGCCAGCAUGAGCUGCUGAGGUGUCACUCUGUCGAUGCCGCAAUGUUCCAAAAGCAGUGUCGAGGUCAGCCAGCCUUGAUGUCGCCCGAGAUGCUCAAGGAUCAAGAGGAGCGCCAGAGGCGCGCUGAGGUCAUCAACUGGCUGAAGAGUCAGGGCUUCCCUGACAUUGCUGCUCCCAAGAAGACCAGAUCCUGCAUGUCUACGAGCCAUCAAUACCCGCUGCACAAAGCGGUGACAGAUGGUAACGGCCGAAUUGUGAAGCUUCUCUUGGAGAUGCACGCCAAUCCCAAGUUGAAGAACAGCAAAGGAAAGACUCCUCUGGAGGUCGCGAAGAAGACCAAGACGACGGCGUCCAAGGAGAUCAUCUCCCUCCUGGAGGAUGCCGCCAAGCGCGCCUAA